AUGGGGCAAAAUGCGUCCCUUCCACAUCCAGGCACCCGAUUCCAAGUCAUCGGAGCAGGCCUUCCGCGCACUGGCACCGCGUCCCUCAGCAAGGCCCUGGAAAUCCUCCUGGAAGGCCCCAUCUGGCAUGGCGGCACUCAAACCACCCUGGGCCCUCCAGCGCAGAUCAAGGUCUGGGCCAGGAUUCUGAAGCACUGGCUGGCGGGGACUGGUCCCGAUCACUCAGCCGCGUUGAAGCUCAUGGAACGCGAGCUGGAUGGCUACGCCGCCAUCACAGAUGCGCCUGGUGGGCAGCUCGUUCCCGAGUUAAUGGAACUGUACCCCAACGCGAAAGUGAUAUGCACAAUUCGCGAUCCAGUGAAAUGGGAGAAAAGCCUCGACCAUGUCCGAGGAGUGACACUGAUGUGGUUCAUUCAAGGAGUUCUCCUGCCACUCCCUGGUAUGCGGCACUUCAUUGGGUACAUCACUCUCCUGCGCGAUCAAUGGGUGAAAAUUUACGGAGAAGCUAUUCCGACUCGCCAAACAUAUCUCAGGCAUGUUUCAUGGUUGAAAGAGGUGGUGCCGGAGGACCGCUUGGUGUUUUUCGACGUCCGCGAUGGCUGGGAGCCCCUGUGCAAGGCCCUCGGCAAAGAAAUCCCUAAAGACCAGCCAUUCCCACAUGUCAACGACGGUGAUGCCAUUCCCGAGGUUGCGAAUUAUCAUAUCCGACGCGGCCUGGCUCGGUGGGCCGUGAUUGUCGCACUUGGCGCUGCGAUCGUCGCCUAUGUUGUCAGCCGCUAG